CUGUCCAAGCUGCUGGGGAGGGAGGUGGAGAAGGAGCGCGGGGCCAUCGCUGUCUGCAGUUCUAGGCUUGUAGCCCUUACACUAACCCCGCUGCAGUACAUACCCAGCCAUCCUAAUGGACCCCAGUGACUUCCCCAGUCCAUUUGAUUCCUUGACCCUGCCAGAGAAGCCCCUGCCUGGAGACCUUCCAGUCGACAUGGAAUUUGGAGAAGAUCUCCUGGAGUCUCAGACGGCCCCAACUCGAGGAUGGGCCCCCCCUGGCCCGUCUCUAUCCUCUGGAGCCCUAGACCUGCUUGAUACCCCUGCUGGCCUGGAAAAAGACCCCGAAGCCCUGGAUGGAGCCACUGAGCUACUGGGGCUGGGGGGGCUACUCUAUAAAGCCCCUUCUUCCCCAGAGGUGGACCAUGGUCCUGAGGGGACCCUUGCAUGGGAUGCAGGGGAUCAGACCCUAGAGCCUGGACCAGGAGGCCAGACCCCUGAGGUUGUGCCAUCUAACUCAGGGGCUGGGGCAAAUCCCUCUUCGCCAGAGGGGCUAUUAGAGCCUUUGGCUCCAGAUUCUCCAAUAACCUUGCAGUCUGCUCACAUUGGAGAAGAGGAGACCACCUGCAUAACUACAGGGAGAAGAGGCUCCCCGGGGCAGGAAGAGGAGCUUCCCCAGGGACAGCCACAGAGCCCUAAUGGCCCUCCCAGCCCUUCGGUGGGAGAGACACUAGGGGAUGAAAUUAAAGGUUCUCAGACCAAACCUGGGGUUCUUAUCCCCCCUACACAUCCAUCCUUGCCAGGAGAUGGCCUGACUGGGAAGGCGAGUGAGAAGCCACCUGAGAGGGUGCAGAAGAGAAGUGAGCGCGUUCGAAGAAUGGAGCCUCCAAAACCCGAGGUUGUGGAUUCCACUGAGAGCAUUCCAGUAUCAGAUGAGGAUUCUGAUGCCAUGGUAGAUGACCCCAACGAUGAGGACUUUGUGCCUUUCCGGCCCCGGCGCUCUCCUCGCAUGUCCCUGCGCUCAAGUGUGGCACAAAGGGCUGGGCGCUCUGCAGUGGGCACCAAGAUGACUUGUGCACAUUGCCGGACACCACUGCAAAAGGGGCAGACGGCCUACCAGCGCAAGGGGCUGCCUCAGCUCUUCUGCUCUUCGUCCUGUCUCACCACUUUCUCCAAGAAGCCAUCAGGCAAAAAACCCUGUACCUUCUGCAAGAAGGAGAUCUGGAACACCAAGGACUCCGUUGUGGCACAAACUGGUUCAGGAGGCUCCUUCCAUGAAUUCUGCACAUCUGUCUGUCUCUCCUUGUAUGAGGCCCAGCAGCAGCGCCCACUCCCCCAGUCUGGAGAUCCUGCCGAUGCCACUCGCUGCAGCAUAUGCCAGAAGACUGGAGAGGUCCUACACGAGGUCAGCAAUGGCAGCGUGGUGCAUCGGCUCUGCAGCGAUUCUUGCUUCUCCAAAUUCCGGGCCAACAAGGGAUUAAAAACCAACUGUUGUGACCAGUGUGGGGCUUACAUCUACACCAAGACUGGGAGCCCUGGCCCCGAGCUCCUCUUCCACGAGGGCCAACAGAAGCGGUUCUGCAACACAACCUGCUUGGGGGCAUACAAGAAGAAAAACACACGUGUGUACCCAUGUGUCUGGUGCAAGACCCUGUGUAAGAACUUUGAGAUGCUAUCACAUGUGGAUCGUAAUGGCAAGACCAGCUUGUUCUGUUCCCUGUGCUGUACCACUUCUUACAAAGUGAAGCAGGCAGGGCUCACUGGCCCUCCCCGACCCUGCAGCUUCUGCCGCCGCAGCCUCUCUGACCCCUGUUACUACAACAAGGUUGAUCGCACAGUCUACCAGUUCUGCAGCCCCAGCUGCUGGACCAAGUUCCAGCGCACAAGCCCUGAAGGGGGCAUUCACCUGAGCUGUCACUACUGCCAUAGCCUCUUCAGUGGCAAGCCUGAGGUCUUGGACUGGCAGGACCAGGUAUUUCAGUUCUGCUGCCGUGAUUGCUGUGAGGACUUCAAACGCCUUCGGGGUGUGGUGUCUCAGUGUGAGCAUUGCCGGCAAGAGAAACUCCUGCAUGAGAAACUUCGAUUCAGUGGGGUGGAAAAGAGCUUCUGCAGUGAAGGCUGUGUGCUGCUGUACAAACAGGACUUCACUAAGAAGCUGGGUUUGUGCUGCAUCACUUGUACUUACUGCUCUCAGACCUGUCAACGCGGUGUCACUGAGCAACUGGAUGGCAGCACCUGGGACUUUUGCAGUGAGGACUGUAAAAGCAAGUACCUGUUGUGGUAUUGCAAGGCUGCGCGGUGCCAUGCCUGUAAGCGCCAGGGGAAGCUGCUGGAGACCAUCCACUGGCGUGGGCAGAUCCGUCACUUCUGCAACCAGCAGUGUCUGCUGCGCUUCUAUAGUCAGCAGAACCAACCCAACUUGGACACCCAGAGUGGGCCCGAGAGCCUCCUGAACAGUCAGUCUUCUGAGGCAAAGCCCCAGACACCCUCUCAAACCAAAGUGGAGAACGGCAACACAGUGAGGACUCCAGAGGAAAAUGGGAAUUUGGGCAAGAUCCCUGCUAAAAUCCCAUCAGCUCCAACUGCUCCCACCCCUCCACCCCCACCCCCGCCUCCAGCAACACCCCGCAAAAACAAAGCUGCCAUGUGUAAGCCGCUGAUGCAGAAUAGGGGAGUUUCCUGCAAGGUGGAGAUGAAGUCCAAAGGGAGUCAGACAGAAGAGUGGAAGCCCCAGGUGAUCGUGCUGCCCAUCCCAGUGCCCAUCUUCGUGCCAGUGCCUAUGCAUCUGUACUGCCAGAAAGUCCCCGUGCCUUUCUCAAUGCCUAUCCCAGUACCUGUGCCCAUGUUCCUGCCCACUACUUUGGAGAACACAGACAAGAUUGUGGAGACCAUUGAGGAGCUGAAGGUCAAGAUCCCUUCCAACCCUUUGGAGGCUGACAUCCUGGCUAUGGCAGAAAUGAUUGCAGAGGCUGAGGAGUUAGACAAGGCCUCAUCUGACCUUUGUGACCUUGUGAGCAACCAGAGUGCAGAGGGACUUCUGGAAGACUGUGACCUCUUUGGGCCUGCUCGAGAUGAUGUCUUGGCCAUGGCUGUCAAGAUGGCCAAUGUCUUGGAUGAGCCUGGGCAAGACUUGGAGGCAGACUUUCCCAAGAAUCCUUUGGACAUUAACCCCAGUGUGGACUUCCUCUUUGACUGUGGUCUUGUGGGGCCUGAGGACGUGUCUACUGAACAAGACCUACCUCGAACCAUGAGGAAGGGUCAAAAGCGGCUAGUGCUCUCUGAAAGCUGUUCCAGGGAUUCCAUGAGCAGCCAGCCUAGUUGUACCGGACUCAACUAUUCAUAUGGUGUCAAUGCUUGGAAAUGCUGGGUACAGUCAAAAUACGCCAAUGGAGAAACCAGCAAAGGGGACGAGCUACGCUUUGGCCCUAAACCUAUGCGCAUCAAAGAGGAUAUUCUGGCCUGCUCGGCUGCUGAGCUCAACUACGGUCUAGCCCAGUUUGUGAGAGAAAUCACCCGACCCAAUGGUGAACGCUAUGAACCUGACAGCAUCUACUAUCUGUGUCUUGGCAUCCAGCAGUACUUGCUGGAAAAUAAUCGAAUGGUGAACAUUUUCACGGACCUCUACUACCUGACUUUUGUUCAAGAACUCAACAAGUCUCUGAGUACCUGGCAGCCCACACUCCUCCCCAACAAUACCGUGUUUUCCCGAGUGGAGGAAGAACACCUCUGGGAGUGUAAGCAGCUGGGAGUCUACUCCCCCUUUGUCCUUCUCAAUACCCUCAUGUUCUUCAACACAAAGUUUUUUGGCCUGCAAACAGCCGAGGAACACAUGCAGCUCUCUUUUACUAACGUGGUCCGGCAGUCACGCAAGUGUACUACCCCCAGAGGUACCACCAAGGUGGUGAGCAUCCGAUACUACGCUCCAGUCCGCCAGAGGAAAGGGCGAGACACCGGUCCUGGAAAACGGAAGAGAGAAGAUGAAGCCCCUGUCUUAGAGCAGCGUGAGAACCGCAUGAAUCCCCUUCGCUGUCCUGUCAAGUUCUAUGAAUUCUAUCUCUCAAAAUGUCCUGAAAGCCUCCGGACUCGUAACGAUGUAUUCUACCUGCAACCCGAGCGGUCCUGCAUCGCCGAAUCACCUCUCUGGUAUUCUGUGAUCCCCAUGGACCGUAGCAUGCUGGAGAGCAUGCUCAAUCGCAUUCUGGCUGUACGUGAGAUUUAUGAGGAGUUGGGUCGUUCUGGGGAGGAAGACCUGGACUGAACCCAUGUGCCAUCCAUAUCCACCUUUCAUACCAAUGUUUGUCCUGUGGCCAAAUCCCUGAAGGUGAUUGGCCCAGGAGCCAAUGCUACUCAUUCUGAAGGGCUCUGACUGCCCGUUUCUACUCACCCAUUCCCUGCCUUUCCUAGAAGCCCCUAGCUUUUACAUACCACUGGACGACCACAGGGCAUCAGCCUUCUGUAUUCAGGGACUUGUUUCCCAGUGAUGGGCAGAAACAAACAAACAAACCAAGCUCAUGCGGUUUCUUUAUGUUCGGAGUAAAUGACUUCUCCUUGGGCCAGACUCUGAGUAGAGUGUUACUAGCUCUGGUGAUCCUGUUGGCUUUGGGUUUCCUCACUCAGCCCUUGUAAGUCAAGCCCCUGGUUCCUAGGUUUGGCCCAGGGAAGAACCCAGCUGCUUUCUUUGCCCUGUGCCCAUUGCCUUCUCCGUUCUUCUCCAGUAUCACAUAAAGGGUCUUGUAUGAAAGAAACCCUGAAAGUAAUGAGGGGACCAUUUACCUAAAGCACAGGGCUUAGACACUUUUCCCUUCCCAUGAUGGGAACCCUCUCACCACCUUAUAACACACCUCAUCCCCCACCCCCACCCUGCUGCUCCCAAGCACCAACCCUUGGUGCUGCGAAUGAUUCAAAGAACAAAGACUUCUAACUGGCUUCCCCACCCCCUCCCCCCAACUGGCAUUUCCCCCCUCAAAGGCAGAGAAUGAAACUCUUAAGUAUAGGGAGCAGCCUUCUGGCCCCCUUUAUCUGUUUCUUUAUUUUUUCCUGCCAUCUUAGGUUGGCAUGAGCCAUGAUGUCAACAUGUGUAGCCCCUUUUAUAACUGCCUCCUUUUAAGUUCAAUGGACAGAGAUUCCAAGGCAAAAAAGAAACAAAGAAAAGAUUCGGACUUAGGCUGGGGCUGGGUUCCGUGCUCUUGCUGUCUACCAUCAUAAGAGCCAGGCCACGCCUUUGGGGACCCAGGUCCUACAGGAUGGGCUCUGUGGUCAAUGAAUUGGUGAGGAGCUGUGGACAUGGGUCCUGCCUUCAUUGCCUACAUCAUCCCUCUUUCCCAUCUUUCCUUUGUAGCAAAUUAUCAGUGUCCAGUAAAGGGGGCACCUGGUUCUUUCCCUGUCAGCUUUGCUGUUCCUCGGCCUUCUUUUUUUGUGUUUUUAUAACUGUUAUCAGUUUAGCCACUGUUUAAAUUGUAUAUAUUGUUCUGAGGCACCUGGCCUAUCCCUUCAGUGAGCCAUGUCUACCCUUGUGUUAUAGUGAAAAGCUGUUGUCAGGACUAAUCUUCUGUCUAUGGAAUUGUUUGUUUCAAAUAAAGAGUUAAAAUGG